AAAUCAAAAAGCAAGGAGGAGAUUAAGGAAGUCGUUGUCAGAUUCCAGGAGGGCAUUGCCACCCCCAAGUCCUGAACCCCAUCAGCCUGCAUUCAUCAGAGUUUUACAGAUCUUAGAAACAUCCUCCGGAAAUUCAACCAAAUUGUAUAAAUAGUCUUUCUUCAGCCUCCACAGAAUUGAGGAUUUUAAAGCUAAUUCAAGGGUUUUACAAGCCCAACAAAUACAGUUGUAAAAAUGCCAUUGGAAAGAUAUCACGUUUUACAAAAUGAGAUUGAUCCAUGUGCUGUAAAAGUCAACUAUCUCCAAGGCACACCUAUCAAGCAAGGGCAGCCAGGGACACGCUUUUCACCUCCUGUCUGGGAAAGGCCAGGCCUGUGACAACGGCAAAAGCAAUGCAGACGAUUCCUGGAGCCCGUGAGGCAACUGUUCCCCGCACUGGGGCAACUGCAACCGGCAGGCCCCCAGCAGUCCCAGGAAAGGCAGGGGAGAGGGUACACCCCAGGAAAGUGCGGGCUGUCGGGCACCCCAGAAACCAAGCACAUCAAUUAUCCCACAGCCUUUGGGACAUCCCAGCUGCCCUCUAUGCCUGGCUCGGCAGGGACCUUGGGAUGCCGUGCCUCCAGAAAGAGGACAGAUAUUCCACAUCUGGAUCUGUCUCAGCUCUGAGCACUUCGGGUGUUGAGAGGACGAGUCCCAAGGGCUGGGUGAGGGGAGCAGGUUCCCCCGUUUUGCUUCGAAGCUCAGUCUCCAGGCCACUCCCCUGUAGGUCCCUUUCUUGUUGAAACCAGUGGUUUCUGGCCUCUGGAUUCCUGGGUUCAAAGGUGGUACGGGGACGCACAGCUUGUGGGGUGCUUUGAGGCCAGGCGGUCGCUGGCCAUUGGAGGGGAGCCCGUCUGGGCUCAACCGAGACGUGUUGUAUGUGGGCGGAUGGGGUUGCCAGGGGAAGACGUUUAGCCGCGUCCUGGUCAGCUCGAGGUGAGCCUUCGGCUCCCGGCGGUAGCGAGGCCCAGGCCCUUGGUGGGAGUGGGAAGGAAAGAGGGAAGGGAUGCACGGAUUCCUAAGACGCAGGAGUGAGGAGCUGGGCGUGAAGGCCUGGUUUCUCAGGCCCCCUUCUUCAGUCCCGGAACCCGCACCCACGGGCGGGGGCGUGCAGAGGGAGGGGCACGCUCAGGGCCCUGCGGGGCGGGCAAGCCGGCCAGGAGCUAAGCCGUCGUGGUCACCGCCCCUCCCGGCGCGGGGCUGUCAGGUUUCCUGUUUGGAAAGAAAAACCAGCAAAAUCCGAAAAGGCAAGAAGGGGAGGAGGAGGGAGCGGGCCUGGCGGGGCCUUUGCGGCGGCCCGGACUCUAGUGCCCCUACCCCGGCCUGAUUCGCACGCCCCUGCCCGGGCCGUGCCCGCCGCUGGCGUUCGGAAAGAGAGCCGGGCCGGCUGGCUGUGCGCGCCCAUUAAUCUGCCGGGCGGGCGGCGGGCGGGCGGGCUGGGGGCUGUUUGUAACUUUGCUGCCUCGGUCGCCGCGGUCCCCGGGGAGCGGGCUCCAGCGCUCGCUCCCAUUGGCCGCCGCCGCGUCAGCUGGUGCGAUUUGCUGCUGUCGCUUUUGGCGUUCGGCCAUCCAGAAACAAACCAGUUCGAUGACUACUAAUAGUUAUAGCCAGAUGUACUAAUACACAACAAAUCACAGUCCUGCAGAGGGGCGCGCAAAUGAGUUCCUAUUUUGUGAAUCCCACUUUCCCCGGGAGCCUGCCCAGCGGCCAGGACUCCUUCUUGGGCCAGCUGCCCCUCUACCCGGCUGGCUAUGACGCGCUGAGGCCCUUCCCGGCCUCGUACGGGGCGUCGAGCCUCCCGGACAAGACGUACACCUCACCUUGUUUCUACCAACAGUCCAACUCGGUCCUGGCCUGCAACCGGGCGUCCUACGAGUACGGGGCCUCGUGUUUCUAUUCUGAUAAGGACCUCAGUGGCGCCUCGCCCUCAGGCAGUGGCAAGCAGAGGGGCCCCGGGGACUACCUGCACUUUUCUCCCGAGCAGCAGUACAAACCCGACAGCAGCAGCGUGCCGGGCAAAGCCCUCCAUGACGAAGGCACCGACCGGAAGUACACGAGCCCUGUUUACCCCUGGAUGCAGCGGAUGAACUCCUGCGCGGGUGCCGUGUAUGGAAGUCACGGGCGCCGAGGCCGCCAGACCUACACGCGCUACCAGACGCUGGAGCUGGAGAAGGAGUUCCACUUCAACCGCUACCUGACGCGGCGCCGCCGCAUUGAGAUCGCCAACGCGCUCUGCCUCACCGAGCGCCAGAUCAAGAUCUGGUUCCAGAACCGCCGCAUGAAGUGGAAAAAGGAAAAUAAACUCAUCAAUUCCACACAGCCCAGCGGGGAGGACGCUGAGGCAAAGGCGGGCGAGUAG